UUGGGAAGAUUUUCUUGAAAAAGUGGAAUCUUUUUGCAAGCAACAUGAUAUUGAUAUACCUACUAUGGAUGGUCAACACAGUGUGAGUACACGUCGCCGUUAUUGUCAGCAAAGAAGCAUAACAACUGAGCAUCAUUAUCGUGUUGACAUAUUCUAUGCUGCAAUAGAUUUUGAGUUGGUGGAGUUAAAUGGCAGAAAAAUUUUAUCCUCAAGAUUUCACAAGACAAGAGUUGCAUAUUUUGAGAAGCGAGCUGAUCAUUUAUGAGUCUGAUGUACCUCAUCAUGAUGUGCUAAAGAAUGUGACUACUCUUUCUAAGUUAUGCAGAGGAUUUUUUGAGACAAAAAGAUCGCAGAGAUAUCAAAUGAUUGAUCGGUUGAUUCGUCUUGUUUUGACUUUGCCAGUUUCUACAGCAACUACAGAAAGAGCAUUUUCAGAUAUGAAACGUGUCAAAACAAUAUUGAGCAACAAGAUGGAGAAUGACUUUUUGGCUGAUAACUUGAUUGUCCACAUUGAAAAAGAGUUGGCUGAGAAUUAUGAUACAGAUUCAAUAAUUAAAGAUUUUGCUUCUAUUCAAGAGCGUAGGGUGCAGUUUGAGUAGGUAUGUUCUUUUGUCUUAAACUUUUGUUAUCGAACUUCUAUCAAAUGUUAUAAUGUUGAUUUCUUUUAAUCAGUUAACUAUUUGAUUGUUU